CUGUUUCGACUCCAAGUGUAUCGAGGGGUUUCACUGACUACCCAAUACUCUCUCUUUUCUUUUCUGAUUCCGUUUCUUUUUGAUUGCUCUCCUAGCGCCUGCAUUAAUUCUCUAUUCUCUACUUACAACCUUUAAUUUUUUUGGAAAAUGCUCGCGCGAGCUGCAAGACGGAAGUUACGGCGUGAGGCCCUCACUUCUCAAACUCGAUUAUCCGAACAAUUAGCCCUACCAUGGCUUUGCCCAGCUCAAAUGCGAUGGACAGCCAGUACCAGCCCCCUCAAGGCCGCAGCGACAUCAGAUACUCGUCCACAAACCCACUCAUGGAAGACCGCUUCCACACGAUCGCAACGGCACGAGACCCGCCCCCUUGCAACGGCUGUCGAGGCCCAGCGUGGGAAUACAGAACCCUUGAGUUUCAACUUUGCACAAGCUUGGGAACCUCGAACUCCAAACCCUGCUUUGGCCAAAUUACAAAAAUGGGACACAACCAAGCCGCUGAUCAUCCAUGACGCGACCUCCAGUGUAAUGCCUUCUAUAUCUGCCGGGAGUGGUAUACCUGGAGGAAAUGCCAUCGAAUUGCACCAGAAUCUAUACGCCUGCUUGAAGGUCGGUCGCAUGGAUAGGGCAGCCAUUAUCCUUCAAAGGCUAGUCACGAUAUACGAUGCCCUCGCUCCGGAGCUCAUCGAUGCACACAACAUAUAUUUGAAGACAAUGUGCGACAUUGCUUUGGAGUCAAAAGUCGGAAACGGGAAGGAGGGGCAAGCUGCUUUAAAAGAAAUGCAAACAUGGUACGAGAAGCAUGUCGUUGAUAGAGGACUCAGGCCGACCGCCGAAACUUUUAUCCCACUACUUCGUGGAAUUUUGAACCUUACUAGCGGAGUUGAGAGAGAGCGAUUGAUGCGCGAAUACCUAGACAUGGCACACAGUCAUGGUGGGAAUAUAAUGGAGGAGAUCAAUUCAUCUGCGGAGUUCACCGAUGAGGAGUGGGAUACGCUCAUCCGAUUCCAGCCAGACGAAUACGACGAACCCCCGUCUAUCGAUGUUUUACAGGAUAUGCAGAUGAGCACCCCCGGCGGGGAACGACUUGCAAUCCAGCAAGGUUUAAUCCCAGACGCAUCGCUCAAUGUCAAAUCGGUCAACCAGAAGGGCAUAGGCUUGUCAACGCUUCGACAGUCAUUAGAAGCUCUCGACACCAAAGGCGAGAUCCCAUUCCCACACGAUAUGGAGGGAUCUCAAGAAGUGAAAGAACGUGCAUACGCCUAUAUGCGCCAAAUACAUGUUGAGUCCGAAGGCGCAAAGGCAGCAGUUGAGCGUUGGAAAGCUGAGGAUGCUAAGCUACAGAAGAUUGGAAUUCAUGGUGUUCUUCACUCGAAACCCGUCCAGGCAUUGAUGUGGCAAUGGUAUUCUGCCAUGUUACCUCUUGUAAAGGACGAAAUCAAGCGAGUCAAGGAAGUCCUGACGGCAAUGGACCCUACACAUAACAAACAGGAUCCGGCGAAUCAUUACGGUCCUUGGCUCGAGCAAUCCGACCCAGAAAAGCUUACGGCUAUCACUAUUUCCAGCGUUCUGAGCUCAAGCACGAAGAACAAUCAGGAGCACACUGCUUUAAAGGUUGCAUAUUUGACAACCACUAUCGGCCGGCAGGUGCAAGACGAAAUCAACCAGGGAUUAAAGCAAAGACACGAUCGAUAUGUCCAAAAAUUACGAAAACAUGCACGUGCAGAAGCGCUCAGCAAAAUUGCCAAAGAGGGCGAUCAAAAAGCUGCGAACCAAGAUUCCGACGUCCCCAAAACCUCCGCAGGUGCAUUGCACAGCUUCAACUUCCGUGAAAUGGGUAUGCCCCUGGCUGUCAAGGUCAAGAUCGGUGCUAUCCUCCUUGAGCUCAUGACGAAAUCGGCGAUGAUUACAAUUACCCGCGACGACCCCAAAACUGGCAAGAAACUGACAAACAAUCAACGAGCAUUUCAACAUCAAACUGGCUUCGUAGGUGGAAAGAAAAUCGGUUGGAUUGAACCGCACUAUGAGAUCCAAGAGAAAUUGAGAAACGAAUCAGUCAGCAAUCUACAUCACAUCAUGUUGCCAAUGUUGGUGGAACCGAAGCCAUGGACAGAUUUCACAGAUGGCGGCUACUAUACGAUCCAAGAGCCCGUGGUUCGAACUAAACUGGCCGACAACGAACAAGCAUCCUAUGCUCGAUCUGCCAUCGCAAACGGAGAUCUGGAGCAAAUGCUCGCUGGUCUUGACGUGCUUGGGAAAUUGCCGUGGAAGAUUAAUUCUGACGUAUUCCGUGUCAUGGUCGAAACCUGGAACAAGGGUGAAGGUAUCGGCGGUCUUGUUCCCGAAGUGAUGGAACUGCAGUAUCCUCCAGAACCGCCACCUGACUGCACCGCUUCCACGCGUCGUGAGUGGAUCGCCGCUGUCAAACAAUACGAGAAUACCAAGAGUGGUUUCCAUUCGAAUAGGUGUUUCCAGAACUUCCAACUCGAGAUUGCCCGAGCUUUCCUGAACGAGACAGUGUACUUCCCUCACAACCUGGACUUCCGUGGCCGUGCAUAUCCAGUUCCCCCGAUUCUCAAUCACAUCGGUGCUGAUAUUUCGCGAGGCUUACUCAAAUUUGCGAACGGAAAAGAAUUGGGCGAAGUCGGAUUACAGUGGUUGAAGAUUCACCUUGCUAAUCUUUAUGGUUUUGACAAGGCGAGUCUCCGGGACAGGGAACAGUUUGCGAUGGACAACCUCGACAACAUCUACGAUUCUGCUACAAAUCCACUUGGUGGGAAACGCUGGUGGACAAAGGCUGAGGACCCGUGGCAGUGCCUCGCCUGCUGUUUCGAGCUGAAAGGAGCGUUAGAUUCUCCAGAUCCCGCCAAAUUUAUCUCCACCCUUCCUGUUCACCAAGAUGGAACCUGCAAUGGCCUGCAGCAUUACGCUGCCCUUGGAGGUGACCAUGCUGGUGCCGCUCAAGUGAACCUCGAGCCAUCUGAUCGCCCUCAAGAUAUUUACUCUGGUGUCGCAGAACUCGUAAACGAAAUGGUCACCGAAGAUGCCAAAAACGGAGUCCCUGCCGGAGUGAUUCUAGAUGGCAAAAUUACUCGAAAGAUUGUCAAACGAACCGUCAUGACCAAUGUCUAUGGUGUCACUUUUAUGGGCGCAAAACUCCAAGUUUUGGACGAGCUCAAGGAAGUCAUUACGGACCUUAAAGCCGUCCAAUCCAAAUCCAAUGGAAAAAUCAAAACCCUUCACUCUCUUGCUAUUUAUGUCGCGAAAAAGAUCUUCCUUGCUUUGGGCAUGAUCUUCAAUGGAGCGCAGGAGAUCCAGCAUUGGCUUGGCGAGUGCGGUGAUCGAAUUACGUGUUCGUUGUCCCCAGAGCAAAUCCGAAGGCUACACGACCACGCAAACGGUGUUCCUGCCAAGGUCGACGCAAGACACUCAAAGACGAGCAGAACAUGGUCGCGCGUCGAGAAGAAGAUCAUCGCUGAGGCCGGACGAUUUAAGACUAGUAUUAUUUGGACUACACCCUUGAAGAUGCCGGUAGUACAGCCCUAUCGAAAAGACCCGGUCGAGGUCAUCAGGACAGGCCUGCAAAGAAUUACAGUCCAGAAACCGUCCUCGGCUGAGCCAGUCAACAGACGAAAACAGCUCCAGGCGUUUCCUCCAAAUUUCAUCCACUCCCUCGACGCAACCCACAUGAUGCUCUCCGCGCUCAAGUGUCAUGAAGAGGGUCUAGCUUUUGCCGCCGUACACGACAGCUUCUGGACCCAUGCCGGGGAUAUUCCUAACCUGAACAUCAUUCUUCGUGACGCUUUCGUUCGGAUGCACUCAGAAGAUGUUAUAGGUCGCCUUGCCGCGGAGUUCGAGACAAGAUACGCUGGGCACUUGUUCGUUGGCUCGUUGCAUCCUUCCUCGCCCGCUGCGACUAAGAUCAUCGCCUGGAGGAAGAAGAAUCGCCAGGGCACAAAAGGGAAACGACAACACUACAAUGAGGCGAACGCACAGGAAUUAUUGCUCGAGCAGACGCGAAAGGAUCUGUUGGAGUCAGACAAUGAAGCGGACAGAAAACGCGGAGAAGAAAUGGAAACACCAACCAGUAUCUGGCUUGCCAACCUUGACCAAGACGCUAUGUUGGGCCACCGAGUAUCUCAGUCGGAUAGUAAAGCCGUCUCGCCAUCUGAUGAGAAGAAGGCUUCCGAUGUACCGGAUCAGUCUCUCCACGCAGCAACCGAACAGGAGAAUGUAGAGGAUCAGCAGGAACAGGACAUGGCCGAAGAGGAUGCACUCGAUCUCGAGACUGGCUUAAAAGAUUCGACCAAAACGCGAUCCCCAGUCGCUCGCUUCUUUGGCAUCAAGGUCUGGAUGCCCCUUAUUCUUCCUCCGCUACCCCAGAAAGGUGGCUGGGAUGUCAUGCGGUUAAAGGAGAGCAAGUAUUUCUUCUCAUGAGUACGAUCUUUAAGCCCUGGAUCGCCACAAACAGGGACCCAAAAAAGCAUUCCACGGCGUUAAUGAUAUUUACCAUCGGACUGGCGCUUCAUUUACGUUAUCGAAAAGGCGGGAUUUUUUCACGAUCUUGCAAUUUUAUUUUUCCUGGAUCUCAACAUCUCUGAUAUCCACAAUGUAUUAGAGGUCCAUUUCCAAUUAUACCUCAUGUAUUUGUAUUGUACCAAAACGCAUUAAGACAGCAGGAAGGGCGUCUUGUUUUUUACUUCUACGGACUUCUUAGAUGGGGAAGCUACAACCACGCUUUUAUGUACUACGAGUACUCAACUCUGAACGUCGUCUCUCUGCGUUUUCAGGAUAGAGAAUUCGAAUGAGGAAUUUAGAUAGAUGUAUGCGAUGAGAUCAUGUUAC